AGUUGUAAAGUGAAUCUUCAGCAUUAAGUUUAAAGUUAUGAAGACUUUGGUAGAAAUUUUUCUAGCCACGUUUGUUGGCUUUUCUGUCCUGGCAAUUACAUCAGGAGCCAAGCAGUGCUACAAAAAUUCAGGCAAUUGCAAAACUGAAGAGGAUUGUGGUUUUCUCCUCACAUUCAGGGGAAAUCCAGAAUGCGGAUCAGGGCAAGUUUGUUGCUUAAGACCAUGUAAACAAGGUUUCGGAGUUUGUACAAAGUCAGAUGACUGCAAAGGGGGAGUCAUAAAUUAUGGACCGGGUUCAAACUGCUACGGAGAUAACGAAGUUUGCUGUUGGACUGAGCCAGAAUAUCCAUACAAGAUGAAACUUCCAAACAUGCCAAAAAUGAAGCUUAUUCAUUGAAUUACCAAUAGCGAUUAUAUUUUGUUUGCUUUGAAUUGAAUAAAGAUCAGUCAUAUGAAUGACUGUGAGCAUAAAA